AGGAAGGAACAGAACAAAACAAAAUAGACGCGCAGCGGCAGCACUUGGCUCCGUUUUACUUCCUCCGUUCCUUCCGUCGAUCCAAAUUCCAAAAACACGCGCUAACGUUUUAUAGAGAAGAAAAAUCUAUAAAAGGAGUACUAACCGGUUUCCAUGGAUCUCCGCACUUCCCCACUCUUCACUCUCACGCUUCUCAUACUCAUCUCUGCCUCUUCUUCUGCGAUUGCCAGUCUCUGCCAAAUCUCCGACCACCACCACCACGAUCAGAUGGCCGCCGCUACCCCUAUCCUCGGAGGCGUCCGCGAUUCCCCCGCAGGCUCCGCCAACAGCGCCGAAAUCGAGGGGAUCGCCCGGUUCGCCGUCGACGAGCACAACAAGAAGCAGAAUGCGGUUGUGGAGUUCCUGAGGGUUGUGGAAGCGAAAGAGCAAGUAGUUGCUGGGACGCUUCAUCACUUGGUUAUCGAGGCGAUUGAUGCCGGGAAGAAGAAGCUCUACGAAGCCAAAGUGUGGGUGAAGCCAUGGAUGAACUUCCAGGAACUGCAGGAGUUCAAGCACGCUGGCGAUUCCCCUCAACUCACCCCUUCUGACCUCGGUGUCAAGAAAGAAUGCCAUGGAUCUGGGCUGAAGGAUGUGGCUUCUCAUGACCCCGCGGUUCAAGAUGCAGCUGAUCAUGCCCUGAAGGCGAUUCAACAGCGCUCCAACUCAUUGUUUCCUUACGAGCUUCAAGAAGUUGUCGACGCCAAGGCCGAGGUGCUGGAUGAUUCUGCAAAAUUCCAUAUGGUGCUCAAGGUGAAGAGAGGAACCACUGAAGAGAAGAUGAAGGUUGAGGUGCAUAAGACCACUGAAGGCACUUUCCGUCUCAAUCAUAUGGAGCCAACUCACUGAUCUAUGUAAAUAUAUGGGCAGACUAUAUAUGUGUAAUGUGUUUAUAUUCAAGAGUGUGAUCUUGUAGAAACCUUCAAACAGCUUUAUGGCUUGCUUGUGAACGUGUAAUGGGAUAUAUGCAAUAUAGCGUUUCUAUUAUGGCAUUGUGUAAAAGUAUCGGAGCGAAAUAGAAUCUAAGAACUGGAUUUAAUUGGUCAGGAUACUCUUCUCGAUCCAAUUCUGUGCUUCUUUAACCUCCGUCAAACAGAUUCUGGACCAGUUACGACUCCCGACCAAGGAGAUGAACACAAUAAUACUAACAGAGGAAGGCCAUCUUGGAUGCUGGAUGGAUGGCUAGCUGCUCCUAACAUUAGACUUUCUUACAUUACACAAACUGCUGUCUUCUUCUCAGAUAGUCGACAGAACCUACUGGGAUAUCAUUGGCUUUUCCUGUUAGCAGAUGGGUUCUAAGAACUACGCGAGACCAAUAACAAGUAACGAGAAGGGACAUCACUAUAAGAUCAUCCUUCUUCAUCGUAGUCUUCUUCCUCCUCAUCCAUCCUCGUGCUCAGCUGUGCCAGCUGUAAGGGGUCAAUAGCCAUCUUGUCCACCUCUGAAAGAGACCAACCUGGAUAUUCUUCACGGGUGGUGGUUUCUGGCGCCGUGAAUGAAGUUUGGCCGGCAGGUGCAGGACCCAAGGCUGACGAAGAAGCUGCUAAUGUGGCAGCUGCAGCAGCUUUCACAUCUUCAUUGUCUUUGACCUCAGCAUUAAGAUCGAAGUUCCGUUCAGGUUGAUCGGCUGUACCACCCGUAAUUGCUACCAUAGGCUCUUUUGUCAACAUCUCCUUUGAAUCCAUUACGUCGUCUAUCAUCAUUCCAGGAACUGGGUUGUUGGCACGUGGAGUUGUACAAGCAGCUUCGGAGUCGGCCUCACGAUGAGCAGAUUCCCUCUCCAUGUUCCGAGCCCCUCGACCGCGGCCUCUACCUCGGCCACGGCCUCUACCUCUACUGCUAACACCCGUGUGGCUCGCAUCAUGCUAGAAUGGAAGCAAACAAACAUCCACAUAUUAAGUACAAAAACACUUCCACAAACUAGCAAAGCUAAGAGCAACAAAAACAGACCCAUAAGGCUUUGGGAUGAUAGAAGUAGAGGGAGAUAUUGGCCAGGUACGACGUGAGAAAAAACUGAUAAGAGAACCAGCACUGAAUGUGUUCAAAAUUCAAACCAUGAACACUAAAGCUGACAAUCUU